AUGUGCUUCCUCCACGACAGCCAUCUACGUCGUCACGGUCGUCUGAAGAGCAGCUGUUGUCUGAUUGACAAUCGUUUCACUGUCAAACUGGCUGACUUUGGGCUGCAGACGUUGUACAGCAACAUCACCGUUGACAAAUCAUCCCAGGAAUAUCUUAACGAAUGUUUAUGGGCAGCACCGGAAGUACUACGGGGGUGACUUUGCUAAAGGAACCAAAGAAGCGGAUAUGUACAGUUUCGGCAUCGUUCUGCAGGAGAUAAUCACGCGAGAAUCUCCUUUCUAUAACGAGAUAUUGGAUGUAACUGUGUCAGAUAUACUUGCCAAGGUCAUCAAGGGAGGUAACCCUCCUAUGCGACCCAGCUGUGAAGUACCAAACAGCUUGACGGAGCUGCAUGAGCUGAUGCAGAGCUGCUGGGCAGAGGAUCCAGAGGGCAGACCGAGCUUCCAAUCCAUACGAAAAGACCUCAAGAAAAUACUCGCGCGUUUUGGUGAGUCCGGGAACUUGCUGGACUCCCUCCUGAGACGCAUGGAGCUGUACGCCAACAACCUGGAGAAGCUGGUGGAGGAGAAGACGCAUGAGUUGCGGGAAGAGAAGAAGAAGUCGGAGGAGUUGCUGUAUCAGAUCCUCCCCAGAUCUGUAGCUGAGAGGUUAAAGCGAGGCCUGAGAGUUGAGCCCGAGGAGUUCGAAUGUGUCACCAUCUACUUCAGUGACAUCUGCGGUUUCACCAACAUCUCCGCCAGGUCAAGCCCCAUGCAGGUGGUGGACCUCCUCAACGACCUCUACUCCUGCUUUGACGCCGUCAUCGACGCCUACGACGUCUACAAGGUGGAAACUAUCGGCGACGCGUACAUGGUUGUUUCUGGCCUACCACAGAGGAACGGAAACAAACACGCCGAACAGAUCGCCCUGAUGUCGCUGGCUCUUCUGAGGGCGAUAGACACGUUCAGGAUGCGCCACCUACCGGGAGAGAAACUCAAUCUGAGGAUUGGCUUGCAUUCAGGGUCUGUGUGUGCGGGAGUGGUUGGACAGAAGAUGCCGAGAUACUGCCUAUUUGGAGACACCGUAAACACGGCGUCUAGGAUGGAAUCUCAUGGAGAGGCUCUGAAGAUCCAUAUCAGCGACCCCACAAAACUGAUUCUGGACAACUUCCUCACAUUUAACAUUCAAAAGAGGGGCGACAUAGAGGUGAAGGGGAAAGGUGUGAUGUCUACAUAUUGGUUGCUGGCGUCCUCCCCCUAGUCUCCUGACACUGGCGGAAGAUCUCCCCCAAUCGUCUUUUGUGACUAGUGAUUAUUGUCAAUGUCAAACUUUCCUGCCUAACUUAUAUAAACAUUAAGUUUUCAGUCUUACAAAGUAUUGAAUAAGCACGACAUGGCCACUAGCUUUGGGAGGGAGUAAUUAAAGGAAGCCAUAGAACUUCACCCUGAGGAAAUUGGAAACGUGUGAAAUCCCUCAAUCAGUUAAGAUUUCAAGUAACGUGAAAAACGAAGCCUCGUUUGGAUACAGAGCUGCAGUUGAAAUCACCGCUCGAUGACUACCCUCAAGUGCCUCACCGAUGUGGUACCAACAGAGACAGAUUGUAAUAAUGUCGUCAUAUACUUGCAUGGUUCUUGAGACCGAUUGUGAUGAUGUCAUGUGAUGCCACUCCUACCUCAAAUGUCAUAUAUAUUCAAAGAUCGACUUAAUCUUUGAAGAAAACUUCAAACGGAGAAACGUUGUAAUUAAGUCGUUUCAUGCAUAUAUUUGCAUAAAUCUUUAUCAGUCCUG